CGAGAGAAGCUCAACAGCACGAAGGAUCAUGCUGAUAUAAGCCCAAGAACUCAGGGGUCGUCUCCUUUUGUCUCAGAUAAUAAUAUCCGGUUGCUUCACAGAAUCACAAGUGAGGUCAUUUUGGCCCUAGACCUCUGGACGCUAACCAUACUGAUCGCAUUGUGGGCCCCUAUUAAUAUCUCCGUGGCUUGCAUGCAGUACGGAGUACCCCGUACGGAGUCAUGUAGCAUGACUGCUUGCCAGAAUCGUCAGAUAAGAUGCCAGGCACUCGGCACCCGGCAUAUUGUGCAACUCUCAUGGCUGAUUUUGCUGCAUGAGUUGCGGCUCGUACACAGCAACUACUGUCAGACCCCCCUCCCUCCAAUUUCGAGCCGACACGUCAAUCAAUUAUUAUCCCAAGCGCUGUCU